AUAAGCACUUGCAUUGUUCAUAUCUAUUUUGUUACUGAAAGUAACAAGUUAAUAAAUUUAUAAAAUGAAAUUAUUUUAUUGUAAAUUGAUAACCAUAAUUAAUAUAUUAUUUUUUUGUUUUUUAAAGGUAAAUUGUCAAGCUUGUGUUUUUAAACUUCCUGAUGGUACAGAACUUCAGGAAGAUGAUACAGAAUUUGGUUUUAAUUUGGAUAAAAUAGAAGACACUAGUCCAGUUAAUAAAAGUGUUUUAAAAUUAUCCGUUGAAAAUGUUAAAAGUAUACAGUCAAAAUCAACAUCAUCAGCAAGUCAGCUAUUUUUUCUUGAGGCAAAUUUAACAAGUGAAUUAUUCGAACUUACAUUGACUGAUGAUUUUUUAAACUACGAAGAAUACGAGACAAAAGAUGUAAUUUCUUUGACAAUAACAUUUGAAUGUACCACAGGAAAAUCAAGAAUAAUUGAAUUUUUAUUGCCAAUUAUUGACACAAAUAAUAAUGAUCCAAAAUUUAUUAAUGCACCAUAUACUUACGAAUUGUCAAUGCCAUUUCCAAAAGGAUUAUCUCUCGAUUUACUUGGUAAAAUAUCAGCAAGAGAUAUCGAUUUAACAAACAGCAAAAUAAUAUUUUCACUUGAUAAAAAUGAUGAUAAAUCAAAUGGUUUUAAAGCUGAGUGGUCAUCAACAGAUAGUGUUGAUAAAAAAUUACAUUAUGCUAAUUUACUAACCACAUUUGUCAUUAAUAUCAGUGAAAAUUUAACAUUUAAUAUAUUUGCUACUGAUACUGGUAAUCCACCAAGAACUACUCACACAACUGUUACAAUAACAAUUGAUAAAUUAAAUUCAAUAAUUAAAUUUGGAAGUCCAAUUUAUACUGGUAAUUAUUCAACACUUGAUUUAGAAAAUAAUCAUGAAGAAGAAUUGAAAUUUAAUGAAGGAGAUAUUACACUAUCAAGUGGUAUUGAUGAAAAUAUUAAAUUUACAUUUGAAGUUAAUCCAGCAAAAUAUCAAGAUAAUUUUCAGCUAAAAUCAUCAAACGAUUACUCAAAAGUUCAAGUAAUUUUAAAGAAAAAAUUACAAUAUAUUAUUGAAGAAAGUAUUUUAAUUUUAACCAUAAAUGCAAGAAAACCAGGUACAGAAGCAAGUACAAUUGUCAUUACAAAAUUAUCAGAUGAUUCAAUGAUUAAUUUAGAUAAUAGCUGUGAUAAUUUCGAUGGAAGUUUUAUUAUAAUUAUUCUCAUUGUUUUGCUGGUUAUUGUUUCGAUUGUUCUUGUUGUCAGUAUCAUCAGAAACAUGAGGUACCAGAAAGAUCCAGUUGUUGAGAAGACUAAUAAUGCAAAUGAAUUAAAGCCAGAAAUGACAGAAGUUGCAAGACCAUCAAGUAGCUCGAAUAAUAGCCAGCCAAGGAGAUCAGUUACAUUUGUUGAUGAAAUUAAAGAAAUUAAUAUUGCCAGAUUGUAAUUGUUAUUUAAUGAAUGAUACCAACGGAAGUAACUGUAAACAGGAAGUAAAUCGAAACAAAAAAAUAUAUAUUCUACGUGAUUAUUGAGUUGAAUUUAAAGGUAAACUAAAAAACAGAAAAAUCGAAAUCGAAAUAAUUAGAAAACCUAAUAUCGAAACAAAAAAAAAUAUAAAAAAUAAUUUAUCAACUAAUUUUUUUUUUAAUUUAAACAAUAAAUAAAUAAUUUUCAAAUUAUGUAUUAAAUUUUUCCAACAAAUUUAAUUUAAAUAUAUAAUUUAAAUUUGUAAAAUUAAAAUAAUCAAAUAAACAAAUAAAAAAUUUAAUUUUAAAUACGUAAUAGAAUAAAUAAAUAAAAAUAAAUUUAAUUAAAUAAAUAAGAAAA